AUGGAAAAUAUACCUAAAGCUUUGUUUCCUAGAGUUCCAUUGAUAUUUGACUGUGUCAACUAUAUGAUUGUUAAUAAGCCUUAUGCUGUUUUAGCUCAACCAGGCGCAACCAAAAAGAGAUUGCCAAAUGGUCAAUUAGAAGUUGUUAAGCAUCCAUAUCCAGAUAUUCUAUCUCUCAUAAGAGAUCAAUACGGCUCUGGAAUACGACAUCUAGGGGAAUGGAAGACUGUCCAUAGAAUAGAUAAAUGUGUUACGGGUGGGAUGCUUAUAACUAAAAAUGAAAAUGCUGUAAAGAUGUUUAGUAGAAACCUUAAAAAAGGUGGAAAUACUGGUUAUAAAAUCAGUAGAAAAUAUGUUGCAUUAUUGGAAGGAACUCCAACCCAGUCUACGAGGCCUUCUGGUAUUAUAGGUUCUAAAGUAAUGCAAACUAGAUACAAAAGAUUUGAUGAUAACUGUAUUAUUUUUGAAUUAUUGACUGGUAAAAAGCAUCAGCUUAGACUUCAAUGUCAAAAGUUUUUUCGCCAGCCCAUAUUAAACGACAAGAAAUAUGGGGCAGGUCUCGUAAAUGGGGCACCUCUAGAUCAAAUAGCGUUACAUUCUGCCUUUAUUUCAACAGUUGUUGGAUUUCAAAAAAGGGGGCAUCACAUCCCGAUGGUAUUCAAUAAUGACGGCAAUUUGUGGGAUUCAAAAUAUGUUGAUUUAAAAGGCAAUUUUAUACCUGAAAUACAAGCCUUGUUAGAAGAAAAUUGGGAUGAUGAGAUGGCUUAUAAAUAG